CAACUCAGCUGCCAGCAAAAGCAGGUGCUCUCCCCCUGCCAGUGCUCCAGAGGAAAUAUUUAGGAAUGGAAAACCUGAUGUUUGUCUACCGCUCCUGUAAAGUUAUCUCGACAUUACUUGUAACAAUAUUAGGUUAUGCCAGCAGCUUGCCUGUGAGUGAUGAUUCUAUUUGCGCAGCAGAGGAACUUGCUAAGUACAGCAUCAUCUUCACAGGGAAAUGGAGUCAGACUGCUUUCCCUAAGCAGUAUCCACUUUAUAGGCCCCCAGCACAGUGGUCAUCAAUGCUAGGUGUUACUCAUAGUGCUGACUACAGCAUGUGGAAAAAAAAUGAAUAUGCCAGCAAUGGUGUACGUGAUUUUGCUGAAAAGGGUGAAGCAUGGGUAUUAAUGAAAGAAAUAGAAGAAGCUGGAGAGAAAAUACAAAGUGUACAUGGAAUCUUCUCUGCUCCUGCCAUUUCCAGUGGUACAGGACAAACAUCCACUGAAUUAGAAGUACAUUCAAGACAUCCCUUAGUUUCAUUUGUUGUACGAAUCGUUCCAAGCCCCGACUGGUUUGUGGGUAUUGACAGCCUAAAUCUCUGUGAAGGAGACCACUGGGUGGAAGAAGUGUCUGUAGAUCUAUUUCCAUAUGAUGCUGGAACUGACAGCGGUUUCACAUUUUCCUCCCCAAACUUUGCCACUAUUCCACAGGACACAGUUACAGAGAUCACUUGUUCCUCUCCAAGUCACCCAGCAAACUCUUUUUAUUAUCCCAAACUCAAAAUUUUGCCACCUAUUGCUCAAGUAACAAUGGUGAAAUUAAAGAAAAGCCAUCUGGGUCUUCUUGCACCUUAUCUUAAUCUUCCAGCUAAAAGCAAUGAAAUAAUAGACUCUGUCUCAGAAACACCACUGGACUGUGAGGUUUCACAAUGGUCUUCCUGGGGUCUCUGUAGAGGUCUUUGCAGAAAAACAGGGACCAAGAUCAGAACUCGUUUUGUACUUCUUCAGCCUGCCAAUAAUGGAAUGCCUUGUCCAAGUCUGGAUGAAGAAACAGGGUGUGAACCAGAGAAUUGUGUCUGAAAUAAAGAAAAGAUAAUAAUUUAGAUAAUUUAAAAGUAAGAUAACUAAAUCUAAACUACAUGUCAGUCAAUGUUCCUUAUAAUUUGGGUAUGCUGCACUAUUUUGCUGAACAGGUAUAUUAGACUGGUUUUGAAAGUUGUUUAAUAACCAGAUUUUGGGGGGUUAAAAUCCCCAGGUUUAGUAUGACAGCAGUACUGGAUCAUAUACAGACCAACAAACACUAAAUAAAUCCUUGCUAUACUGUAAGUUCUUGGAGUACCCUCUAGUGGCUAAAAAGAAGACCGUAGGAAAGAUUAUAUUUCACACGUGUAAAAAUCAGUCACAAAAUAUAAACUAAUACCAUUCUUAAAUACUGUAAUCUGUUGAUAUACAGCUAUUUAUACCUAGAAAUUAAUUUUUUCUCUAAAUUAUGUUCUUAUAAUUUAUUGGCUUUUUUUUGUCUUUCUAAACAUGUUUAACAUGCAUUUCUUCAGAAACUGCUUACAUAAAUCAGUGAGCAGAUGUUUGCAGUGUGACAAUAAGAUAUCUGAGUAAACUUGUCUUGACACGUAUGAACACAUGAAAAUGUCUUUUUCUUUUUUUCUCAAAAAUGAGAAGAAAAUCUGUCAUGAGGACACUCAGCUAACCAAAUUACUAGAAAAAAUCAGAAGUGUGGAUACUAAUAGAAAUCAUCUUCUACUAAUCUCUGACCUUAAUUUAGAGUGUUAGCUGAGAUUUAAAAAAUGAUUGUUGGUGUGUGUCCCUCAUGAGACAACUAUCUCAAUGUUAAUGCUGUUGAUGGUAGCAUAAAUUAUAUAAUUGUCUUUCUAU